AUAAAACCCGCCUCGCGCCUUUACGUUGCCUUCGCCCGCCCUUCCCUCCCACUGCAUCUUCUAGUCAGUUUCCCCUUCAUCCUCAUUUUCUUUUUGCUUUCCCACUCUGUGCUCCACCUCUAUGUCGCCCUUUCCUCCCUUCACAGACCAGGCUCAGUUCUGUGAGGGUAUGGUACUAUGGUGUAAUCCUCAAGACCAGCGAAUGUCCCUGGCCGCUGAACCCGCUGAACCCGCCGAGAACAAGCCCAAGGAUCUCCUGAACAACAACAAAACCAACCUGUACCCGCACAUCGCCAUUCAUGUUGACCGCCAGCAAUGCACCAUCCACGUGGUGCGGUUGUGUGAUGCCAAGGUUGGUCUCCCUCUGCUUGGUGUCUCUUGUGCCGAUUCUUUGUCCUGUCCUUCGUUCUUUGACGUGGCACUUUUUCUCUCGCAGCCUGCUCAGAUGGGCUGGUGGUCAUUGGCCACAUCCUUGGCUUGGUCCAGGAAGGACACUUACCUGUACAUGGGCUGUCCCGUCACUGUGCGCAUGGACAUCGGCCGCACGCGUGUCAUGCAUCCACACAAAGACCAGACGUACAAUACGCCUGAUGUCAUGGCCCACAAUCUCAAGGUAUACUGCCAGCUCAAGGCUGAAUAUGUUCGGCGGUCGCAGUACCAUACUCAUAGCUAUUCUCUGCCCAAUUCACAUGUCGCUUCCCCGCAGUUCCAUACUCAAGCCAUGCCGAUCGUCCUUUGCCCUGUCUCGCCGCCGCAGUCGAACUAUCCACCAGCGCCGCCCAUGUACUGUCCACAAGCUCCGGGCGUCGGAAUGCUCCACCCGCCAGGGAUGUAUCAGCCGCAACUCGGAGCGCAAUUACCCACGGUAACUGCCACUGCCAUUGCGCACAAGGCCCUGCCGCCGCAGAGUCUGACCUUCCCGACCCUCGCCAAGAGUGAUGUGAUCCGACCUCCUGAGUUUUGCCAGCAGAGCCAGUCGUUGCCUGGCUGCUGGAAGAACCCAGACACUGGCAAAUACUGGCACCCUCAAGGCCCGGAGGCCGUUGUGCAACUCGUGGCGACAACAAGCAGACUCGGUCGCUCGACGCGAUGAGUCCUGGGGCGCUCAAGGCGUUCCCUGCGGCGAGAUGUGGGGGUGUCGGUUGGAGAGUGGUUCCUGGUUCUUGCGGACGGUCUAUGGGCGCUCGAGGCGUUCUUUCCGCGGAUCUUCGACCGUGUCCUUGCAUCUGAGUUCGCUCUGCCAUCUUGUUCUCGCGUUGCUGUAUGUUGUACUGCAAGAUGUUUCAUCGUCACCCGAGGCUUUGCUUCCAAGUGUCGUGGAACGAAAAUUCAGGCCUAGAUGGCUUACACACGUGCUAUGUAUAUCCUUUUUCGUUUGCUUGUGCGGGAUCAAGUCAGGUGACCAGCGAUUGUCUUCUUUGCUCCUGAAACGUACCUGUGAACUGCAGGCUGUCCGCGCCCAACGUCAUGUUCUUGUCAAGAGCUGCUGCUUCCGAGUAUCUACGAUUUAGCCCCCUGCUUCAGAAAUCUCAUGUCCUCGUCUGAAAUGCCCCUCCUUCCUCGCGAACUAGAGCGCGACAUCUUCAGUAAAUGUGCAGCGAGCUUUCCGCUCAUGCGACCCGCUUUGAUACAAGUGGCCGCCCGAGUCCGUACAUGGAUUGAGCCCACUUUGUACCACCAUAUCUUCGUAUGCGACGGCCAUCGCAAACGAGAGACAGGACCAGUCAACAAAGGAAGCUACGCGGACAUGCCCAUCGACGACUUCCUGUACCGCCAUGCCCACCCGGCUUCCUGGACGAUCCUGGAGCGACACACGCGGUCCAUCGCGAUCGACGCGCGCACGGCCUGCACACCCGAACUCGUAAAAGCGCUCUCUGCGCUCCCCAAGCUCACCGCUGUGUGCAUGCUCAGCACGACCGGGCUGAAACCCACGCUUCUCCCCGCCCUCACUGCGCUCGGCGGCCUUGAGCGGCUCAGCAUGGACGUCGCGCCGCUCUUCAGGGACAGCCGGCAGACCCAGACACCCCGUUUCACGCACCCGGUCUUCAGACACAUCACGCACCUGCACCUCGACAUCUUCGCGCCGGACUGGGACGCGUGGGCGCGCUAUCCGGUUGAGCUAGGCACGCACCCACACCUGACGCACCUUGCGCUCGGGCGCGUCGCGGAGUGCAUCGGGGACUACGACUCUAUCGAGGCGUACGAGGCGCUGGUCGCAGAUAUCCUGCGGGAGUGCGCGCGCUUGACGGUGCUCGUGUUUCUGUGCGCCGAUGGGGAUGAGCUGGAGUUUUGUCAGGAGGAGCUAGGCAGUAUUCUGAGCGAGGAUGCCAGGUCUGUGCUGCUGCUGCUGGAGUGGAGCGAGUUGUGGGAUGACUGGAAGCGGAGUGUAUGCUGCAUGGAGGAGGAGGAAGAGGACUUCUGGGCGCGUUGUGAAACGUGGGCGCAAAGUAGGCUGGAAUGUGAAGGAAUGGACGGCUCGGAGUUUACGGUCCCCGCGCUUCUGCGUGAUCAACUUAUUAUGCCGUAGUUGUCUCCCCAUGCGCUGGCAGAUUGUUUCGUCCGUGCCCUUCCGUCAUGCUCGAACCCAGGCCUCCGCGGCCUCAUUGCAUCGACAGCGACCUCAGCGCGGCGCGGUGAUCCCAGCCCUCAGUUACGAUAGUGACGCUCUCCUUGUAGACUUCGAAUACCGACUGAUCGGUGUCGCCACCAUGAUCGACCCCUCCAAGCAUGGAGGAACUGUUGAUGGCUCUAAUCGACGCCACACUCCUAGAUGACAAUGAAAUGCCAUCCCGCGCUGUUCGACGUGACGCAAAAGUUUUGCGCUCUUCCGAUGCGAUGGGAUGGGCACCCUCGCAUAGCCACACAUCGGCACAGAGCCAAGACAUAUCUUCCAUUAUCUACUCCCAAACGCAAACGUAUUCAAGAUACUACGUCCAACAUCAGUCGAUCAGGUCCGCCGCCACAGUCACUUUGCUCGGGCCCAUGUCUGCCCAUGUCGGGUUAGCACUGCAGAAAUCGGGAUUCAGGAGGAGACUGUCAUGAUUGGCGGCAUCAUCAUCAGCGAUGCCACCAGAUUUUGUAUUUCGGCAAGGCCAUUGCUUCGCUGCAUUCGCGAUCCAUUAUCCCGCGUGGUAUAUGCGGCCUCGUGGUUGAGCGGAUGAUCAUCUCCGCAUUGCCGCUCGGGUGAUUGCCGAAAGUAGCUGAUGUGCAUUAUCACUGGGGCCACGCAAUUGGUCGAGCGCGCAGCGAGCAAGUGGGAGACUACUGAUAAGAUUCGGGACAGGCUACAGAAAUAAACGCGUGUCAGAAAUAGAGCAUUCAGCGCGAGCUACCGAGGGACAGAAGGGAACAGAAGAGAAGAGAAGAGAAGAGACGGGCUGGCGAAGUCUUGAGCCCUGGCGCUGCGUGGUUACUACUUCCGUAAUCGAUCCAUGCGUACCAAUGGGGGUGCGUGGAUCAUCCAAGAGCCAAGCUGCCGCUGCCCUGCUAUAGAUACCAGGCUAAUCAGGUGCACUUGUUCUAGACAGACGCAAGAUGCACCUCUCCCUCCUCCCGCUCGCUCUCGCGCUCUUCAGCGUCGUCGACGCGCAAAACUUCACCCGCCGCAGCUGGGACGAGGCCUUCGCCCUCGCGAAUGCGACCGUCGCGCAGCUGACCACGGCCGAGAAGGCCGGUAUCGCGGCUGGCGUGGGCCAGUUCACCUCCCGCUGCGUCGGGAACACGUCGCCCGUCGCGCGGCUCGGCAUCCCCGCGCUGUGCAUGAACGACGGGCCCGCAGGGAUCCGGCUGGUCAAUAACGUGACAGGAUUCCCGGCAGGGAUCAACGCAGCGGCGACGUUCAGUCGGAGGCUGAUGCAACUGCGGGGUCAGGCUUUGGCGGAGGAGUUUCGAGGCAAGGGCAUUCACGUCUACCUUGGGCCUGCCAUGGAUUUGAUGCGCAACCCAAUGGCUGGCCGCGCUUGGGAAGGAUUCGGACCGGAUCCGUACCUUUCCGGGGAGGCCGCCUACUACACGAUCAUCGGCGUGCAGAACGUGGGCGUACAGGCAUGCGCGAAGCACUUCAACGGGUACAACCAGGAGCACUGGCGGUACGGGAUGAUCUCAAACAUUGACGACCGGACGAUGCACGAGCUGUACCUGUACCCGUUCUUGCGAGCCAUCGAGGCCAACGUGACGUCAGUCAUGUGUUCUUACAAUCAAUUCAAUGGCACCAGCGCGUGUCAGAAUCCAGGACUGAUCGGCCCCAGCGGUCUGCUGCGCCAGAACGGUUUCAAGGGGUAUGUGGUCUCCGACUGGGGUGCCACGCACGCCUCGGCCGACACAAACGCGAACUCGGGCUUGGACAUGGAGCAGCCCGGUGACAACAUCGUGAUCGGUGGUGGCUC